CUCCGCUUUGCUCUCUCCCCACUGCCUUUUUCCGCCAGGCGCCAGCUACAGCAAAAUGCCUCCGGCUCUGUCUCUCCAAUGGACUGGAGGUUGGUGGCUUGAAGGGUAGGUAAGUAGGGAGUGGGGAGACGAGGAGAGGUGUUUCGCCUAGCCGCAAGUGUGCUUCCUCCUCCGGUUGUUGGCCGGGGCGCGUCGCGACGCCGCUGUUUCAGGUUCCAGAAUUUGCAGUGCUUGACGGUUUAGGCCUGCUACUAUGGGUAAGUCACCAGCGAAGUGGAUCAAGUCUGUGCUCUUGGGGAAGAAAUCAACCAAAUCCGGUUCUACCAACGUAAAUGAGUCGAAGGCUGCAAUUAACAAUGGAUAUUCAGCCGGGGAGGAGCUUGCAUUUUCUGAGAAUUCUCCUGUGAUUUCCGAGCCAGUACUUGUUAAUACCCACAAAAAUGGAGCUGUUUCAGCUAAUGGGAAGGCUGAACAUUCCAAUUUGCCAAGCGAUCGGGCAGGACAACAAGAUGUGCAGAACCAAAGCAUUGUUGAGUCCAAAACAUCAGGUCCUGGGCAACUGGGAGAAGAACAAGCCGCAGUGAAGGCACAGGCGGCCUUUCGAGGUUACCUGGCGCGAAGGUCAUUCCGUGCAUUAAAAGGUAUCAUAAGACUUCAGGCACUGAUUCGUGGGCAUCUUGUAAGGAGGCAGGCUGUUUCAACCCUUCGUACAACAUGGCUGAUUGUGAAGUUUCAGGCUCUAGUUCGGGGAAGAAAUGUUAGACUCUUUAGUUCUGACAUGCAAUUCAAUUUGAAGUUUGGCCAACAUAAAUACAGGGGUGCUAAAUCGUCUGAUGCAUGGAAAGAGAAGUUAUCUUCAAAUGCGUAUCUUCGAAAGCUUCUGUCUUCACCAAUUAAGCUAGAACCUCUCCACUUCCAGUAUGACAAGAGGGACCCCAAUUCGACCUACAACUGGCUAGAGAGAUGGACUAUAAGCUGCAUCUGGAAGCCUGUUUCCCAACCAAAAAGAGUUGUGGAUGGGAAACAACAGGUAAGGAAGGCCAGUUAUGCGAUGGAAACCGAAUCAGCCAAGUUAAAGCGCAAUGUUCGGAAGUGUUCUGCCGUUACUGUUGAGAGUUUACAUACAAGCAUGACUGUUGAAUCUGAGAAGCAUACACGGAAUCCAAGGAAAUUCUCUAGCUCCCCUGCUGAUUCAGUACCAGAUAGCCAGUUAUCGGAACUUGAGAAGGUUAAAAGGAGCCUUAGGAAGGUAACUAAUUCCAUGGCUGAAGCCUCAAAGUUAUCUAGUUCCAGGGCUGAUUCCUCGAAGGUAUCUGAUUCUAUAGCUGACGCCCAAAAGGUAUCUAAUCCUGUGGCAGAAAUCUCAAAGAUACCUAGUCUCGUGAAUGGGAUAUCUGACCAUCGAGACAUCCAAUGUGAAAAGGCACUACAGAAUACACAUGAGGCUUCAUUUCCUCUUGAAACUCAGAAGUGCUCUGAUAAUGGUCAUCUAUUGGAAUAUUCAAAUAUAGAGAACUUCGACUUGGUACCUGGUUUGAAAAAUGAUCAGGAAACUCUGCUCGAUUUGGUUUCUAUAGGGGAAAAUGUUGAUGAGUCCACUGUUGUUGCUCCAGCAGUUGAAGUUAGGCCGCUGCAGAACAUUGAUAAUGAAGACAAUGUUUUACGGGAGAAAGAGGAAGCAAGGUUCAAGGAAGAACGUCUGUCUAAUGGAAGCCUUAGAACUAGCAAGAGAAAGUCUUCGUUCUCCAACAAAUCAGAAUAUAUGGAAAAUGGAACGCAUACUACUCCCGUGCAGCCAAGGCAGCCAAGCUAUAUGGCCGCAACAGAGUCCGCGAAGGCAAAAUUGCGAGGACAAAAUUCACCCAGGCUGGAUUCUGAUUCAUCAGCAGAAAAGAGUGGCUUCACUCACCGCCACUCUCUUCCUUCCAGUACAAACAGUAAGUUUGAACUCACCCUGUCAAAGGUAGUGGCAGGGAUGGUGUAAAAAAGUGAUAGAUCCGUGUUUUCAUCCAAUGAUGCAAAUGGUAAGAACUAAAAAGAAGUGCCUUUUACAGAUAUAAGUAAACAGACUUUGCACUCAGAGCAUUAGUACAUCAAUUUAUGCAAUUCAUUUAGCUAUCUGCAGAUAUUGUCGCUAUCUAUAGGAAAAUAAAAGGCUGACGGUAUUGUUCUGUUAGUCUGAAUAAACUGAAUGGCAUCUUUCAUGUAUAUAUAUCCUUACUUUCUUGUGUAACACAUUAGAGGUUUUAGGAAAGAUGAUGUGUACUAGCACGUUUUUAGCCAUCAGCUAUGUUUCGAAACAGUCUCAGUUUGAAUAGUUUAGAGUUUGAAGCUCAGAAGUCUGAACUGAAAGCUUUUGCUUCUGUUUUCGAUAUUCCUUUUCAUUUGUAUUCUUUUUUUACAU